GCAGUCGACGUCGACGUCGGCGUCGGCCACGUCGGCUCCGUCAGUCUGGCUCGAGAGACGCGAAUGCACACCAUCUCGCGCUGGCCCGUCAGCGGCCCGCCUCCGUCCCGGCCCAGCUCGAAGCGCUCGUCCCUCGCCAACGGCUCCGACGCGACGGCCUCCGACAACCUCGGUUUCUCCACGCCGCUCUUCAGGUCGCGGGUUCGAGUCCCGGCCGCCGGCUCCGAGACCGGCUGGCGCCAACGCACGCCGACCGGCGUCCACGAACACCUCGUCCGACAGAUCGUCCUGCCGCAGACGUCGCGGCCGCCCAGCCACUACAGUCUGCUCGCGUGUCCCGCAGAACCGCAUGUCCACAGUUGCCAGGCGACCGGAUGGCGAAGCUCGACGUCUCGCCUCGAAGUCGCCGGCCAGUGCCGCUUCUGCCAGCACUGCUCGUGCCACGAGGCCGACAGACUCGUCUGGCUGACGGCGACGCCGUCCAAGGCGACGGCGAGGACGGCGAGGCCGCCGAGGCCGCCGAGGGCGGCAGCGCCGGUGGCGCUGUUGCCACCGCCGGCGACGUUGCCACGGCUACCGGGGCAGACGGACGCGGGCGCGCAAGACGAGCUGUUCCACUCGCGACAGCCCAUCGUCUACGACUGCACAGAAGCGCCUCUCUUUCGGCCACUCGGCCGCUGGACACAGCUCGAUGACGACGCGACGGCGACGGCGAGCGCCGACUUUGUCGACCUGCUGACGCUGCCCGGCGCCGAGGUGUCGGCCGAUGCGUCACAGAACCGUCUGCCUCAAGACGAGAUGAAUCUGUUGGUGCGUCUGGCGCGCAGAGCGCUGGCCAUCGGACGUCAGGACACGCAAAUCGCGGCCGGACUCAAGCGCGGACUCGACCUUCAGCUCGGCAGGGCCUGGCAUGUGGUCGCCGGCCUCGGGCCGUACGGCAGCCACGUGGCCAGCCUCCCCGGCGCAUUGGCCCACUUCCGGCUCGGCGGAUGGGCCUUUCUCGUCUGGCAGACGCCUGAUCUCUAA